AUGCGUAGACACAUUAUAUGUAAUCAGAAUGGGAAAGAAUAUGCUUUCACUGCCUAUAAAAGUCUGAGACGGGAAUCAAAGUUGAUCUUAUUCCAACGAACGUUUCACUCCGUAACGGAGAAACGAUCUCAGCAUCACGACGGUGAGAACAGCAUGACUAUCGUCACAGAAAAGAAGAUAGAAGAUGACGCAUCGGAAUCUUCUGGAGGGGAGAACGUUGAUAUAGAAGACAAGUCUCUACCGAUAGUAGGCACACCCUUAGAUCCAGUAGACUCCGAGGGACAUUCAGCCCAGUGUUCAUGCCCCAACUGUGACGAAGUUCUAUCCAGAUUCUCAGAAUGCAGCAUUUGUCUAGAACCUUUACAGUGCUGCGGUCCGUGCGUCUGUCCCUGGUGCGGAGGAGUGUGGUGUGUGAGGUGUUCCAGACGUAUGUCAAGGUGUGCGUGGUGUCGGAGCAAUCUCAGAACACCAGCGACCCCCUGCCUCGCGCUACAACGCCUCAUCAACGAUCUGAUGCUACCGUGCAGGAAUUACAGACGAGGUUGCACGGAACUUUUGACAUCUAGUACCAGAGUAAAACACGAAGAGGAGUGCAAACAUGACACCAUGAUCUGCCCCAUCACAGCGACAUGCUGCACCGUCCCCUUCGAAGAACUAUCCGCCCACCUUCAGGCCAACCACAAUAUAAUAGCAGUCUAUUCGCAGAAAAUAAAAAUAUUAAUAGAAAACUUCCAAACCAAACUCAAGAAAACCGCGUGCUGUAGAACUAAAUAUAAAAUCAUUUUGCUCUACCAGAAGAGCGCUUUCAUCAUCAAAGUAUGCAUAUACAAUUACCACGUGAAAGUGGAGGUCAUGAGACGGAAACUCGGCUACAUAGCUGAUGUCAAGUCUGAAUCUAAGAAGAGCGAUUACUGUGCAGUCAUCGAGUUCCAGAGUAAGGCUUUGUGUACCAAAACAGCAAUUCUCAUCGAGAACGAGGCUUACAGCAAGAAAGCUGAGGUCCAAUGGAACGACGUGAUACUGAAGUCAGAAAACGACGAGGCGAUAACGAUUCAUGUGAACAUCGGUAAAACUGAAUCAGAGCCUAUAAAAAAAGAAAUCUCUGAAUCAUGA